AUGGCAAACCAUACAAGAGUGACAAUGUUUGUACUGGCAGGUUUGACUGAUGACCCACAAUUGAAAGUUGUGUUAUUUAUUUUCUUACUUCUCACCUACUUACUAAGCAUCACUGGCAAUCUAAUCAUCAUCACACUCACUCUGUUGGAUCCUCACCUAAAGACCCCCAUGUACUUUUUUCUUAGGAAUUUUUCUCUCCUAGAAAUUUCCUAUACUACCACAUGCAUCCCUAAGCUGCUGGUUACCAUGGCAACUGGGGACAAAACCAUUUCCUAUAACUGUUGCAUCACUCAGUUGUUUUUUGCCUUCCUUCUUGGAGCAUCUGAAUUUUACCUGUUGGCAGCUAUGUCAUAUGACCGCUAUGUGGCCAUCUGUAAACCCUUGCAUUAUACAACCAUCAUGAACAGCAAAAUCUGUAUACAGCUCAUCCUUAGCUGUUGGCUUGCUGGGUUCUUUGUCAUCUUUCCACCACUUAUGUUGGGCCUUGAUCUUGACUUCUGUGCCUCCAACAUUGUGGAUCAUUUUUACUGUGAUACUACUCCCCUCCUGCAGCUCUCCUGCACAGACACACAGCUCCUGGAGACGAUGGGUUUUAUCUCAGCUUUGGUGACGCUCUUGGUAACAUUGAUAAUGGUGCUAAUAUCAUACACUUAUAUUGCCUUGACAAUUCUCAAAAUCCCUUCAACUAGUCAGAGGAAAAAGGCUUUUUCCACAUGUUCCUCUCACAUGAUUGUGAUCUCCCUUUCUUAUGGCAGUUGCAUCUUCAUGUAUGCUAAACCAUCAGUGAAACAAAGCAUAUCAAUUUCCAAGGGAAUUUCUGUGCUGAAUACCUCAGUUGCCCCACUUUUAAACCCUUUCAUCUACACUCUAAGGAAUCAACAAGUGAAAAAAGCUUUUGUGAAUAUGAUGCACAGAAUUGUCUCUUUUUCAAAAGAAUGA